AUGCUCAGCUCAACCAUUGUGCUUGCAUCGUACAUUCUUGCUUCUGAUACCCAGCACACAUCAAUGCCAGGCAAGUCCAGUAUAAGCGCAAGAGCAGCUCAUUGUCCUGCUUGCUUCAGGGUGCGGACGCUGAAGGCAGCCAGACAGACUGGGCAUCGAGCUUUGAAAAUCUACUUCGAGAUACGCACUUCAUCAUUGUACAUGGACUGGGAUACUGCCAGGGCCCCCAUAUCCGGACAGGACGACAAUGGUCCUCAACCAAGGCCUUUGGCUCAAAAAUCUGACCACAAGGCAGCGGUAUUUAGCGGAAAAUUUAGGUACUUUUCAAUUUUUACAGAACCAGUCACCAUACAUGCUCCGACUCCUAACCUGGGGGAACCGGAUAACCUGGCCUUCGAUGGAAUGAGGUCUAGAAUUGAGGACGUAACCAAGCCAAUUCGUUGUUCAUGUUUUGCCACAUCUAUAUGGGAUGAUACACUGUUCAAUGCCUGGUCAAAGAUUCUCUAUGAACUUACGCCCAAUGUAAAGGUUUUAGAGAGCGGCUUGACACAACUAUGUGAACUACUCGAAGCUGACGAGGUGGUCUUAUUCGAGCGCGCCACUUUUUUGCAGCUAGCUUGUCAUUCCCGUCGACCACAUCCAGAUGAGCAUCGCUUCGACAAGAUCAGUAACAUCAUUAAGCAGUUUAAACUGUCAUGUAGCAAGAUUGGAGCGAAUUUCACCAAGAUCGAAUUGCGUAAUCAACACUUCACCGCGUUCAUCGACGUCUUCACUUCGAGCACCUGCGUCGACCACAUCUUCACACUCCGUCAAGUGUUAGAGCAAAGUCACAUGUACAGACGACCCCCAAUCUUGGUAUUCCCUGACUCCCAGGGUGCGUUCGAUCCUCUCGAUCAAUCAGUGCUGUCAACCACACUUGCUCAACAGGUGUAUGGUGAGUUUUCCAUAAAGGAAACUAUUCACAAGGUUGCUGAAAACUCUUCGACAGCCCACGACCGGUUUCGCCCUUCUUGGGGCUCAUCAGGUAGGUGCAGUCCUCAAGUUUCCGUCAACCAUAUGAUCUACUUGAACCCAAAUUGCACUGUUUUCGAGAAAUACACUCAUUUGCAAAUCAAUUUAGUUUUCACGGGAGACUCAAUCGAAUCUUUCGUUUAUGAUGUCCUCCAGCUGAAUGUGCUGCUCCGAAAGAUUCCUUGCAAAAGGUGGUGUCCAACAAAGAUGUCCACUCUCUCCGUUUUAGUUCAGUUUCUGCGUUGA